GAAAGUAAUGUCUAAAGAGCAAGAGAAAUCAGAAGCGCUUAUUGAGGAAGACGAGCUGGAGUACGCUGAAGGUAGAGAUAAAAUUUUAGGCCAGGAACAGAGGGCCGCAUUGGAUCGAGUUGAACGGAUGAAGCGGAUGAGAGAACAGGCUAUAGACAAUAUGAAAUCAAAGACUACCUCAGCGACUCAUGCAAGAAAAGAACACGCGAUGAAGAUUGAUGACGAUAGUAGCGACGACGACGUUGACGAACUCGAUGACUGGAGAUCAAAGGCAUUUUGA